AUGACGAUCGAGGAAGGCGAUUAUAAAGAGGAGGAGCAGAGCAGCCCGAUCAAAAUGCAGGCUAUGCAGCGGGAUCUUCUGAACCUCCAGCCUCUGGAGAACCCAUCGGAUGAUACCAGAGCCUCGCAGGCUUUCAUUUUACUUGGCCACGGUGAAGCGGAUGAAAGGAUGCCGGUAGGGCUGGGGUGGGGCGCGGCGCGGGUGAUGCGAGAUGCUGGGUACGACGUGGAGUGGAAAUACUAUGAAGACCAGGGACAUUGGUACAAGAUUCCUAAUCAGAUUGAUGACAUCGUCAGUUUCACCAUACAUAAGUUUUGGUGGGAGAGUGCUCUAUUAGACUUAGCCAGCUUGAUCCUGGUAAAGGUGGAUCGAUUGUGA